AUGAAUAUAAAGACCUUCCUACUCGGCUCUUUGAGCCUCCUCCCCCACGCUCAUGGAGCGAAACCCGCUCUUCCUACACUGGAUCUUCCUUGGGGAUCAUACCCGGCUACCGUCCUUCCGGCGGACAAAAAUAUCUACCUAUUUGAGAAUGUCCGCUUCGGAGCCCAGCCGGUACGUUUCGGCGCAUCCGAUUUCCCAGAGGACAGCAACAGCAGCAUCCAAGUAGCCCCCAAAGUUACGGAUUGUCUCCAAAUCAACCCAGCUCUACUGAGCAAUGGACCUGGCGGUAAAAGUCCCCUCGGCGAUCCUAACCAGGACCUUGACCCAGACAAGCCGCAUACUUCUACGGCGUCCCCCUGGAGUGGAACUGAAGACUGCCUCUUCCUUGACGUCUAUGUCCCACGGUCAGUGUUUGACAACCCAGGUUCCCAACCGCUACUGCCCGUAACCGUCUGGUUCUAUGGAGGGGCAUAUGCAUUCGGUACAAAGAGGAUGAGUACCGGUCCUCUCUACAAUGGAAGGUCCCUCAUCCAAGCCUCUAAUUACACAACCAUCUUCGUCGCGGGAAACUAUCGGCUUGGAGCUUUUGGGUGGUUGGCUGGCUCCUUCAUGCAGACCAACGGCCUGCCCAAUGCCGGGCUAUACGACCAGAACCUCUUACUCCGAUGGGUUCAGAAGUACAUUGGCAAGGUCCACGGAGAUAACAACACUGUCAGUGCCUGGGGAGAGUCAGCCGGCGGUGGCUCUAUCCUCCACCACCUCAUCCGAGGGAAUGGACAGCAGGAUCCGCUGUUCACCCGUUUUGUUACACAAAGUCCUGCCUUUGAAUGGGCGUGGGACAACUCAGUCGGCGGCCAGCUGGAUCAAGUCUACCAGAACUUCUCAGAUUCUCUUGGCUGCCAUUCCCCAUACGAUAUCGAAUGCAUCAGAAACGCGUCAAUCCCACUGGAAACCCUGGCGUUGGCGAACGUGAAGCUUUUCGAGAGCGUCAAACAGACUGGGCUUUUCCCCAUCGGGCCAUCUGUGGACAAUGCCUGGAUCAAGACGAUUCCUACUCUGGCCUUUUCCCAAAAAAAGUUUUGGACGGGGAUCAAAUCCGCCAUCGUCUCUCACUGCGCGAACGAUGCUCAGCGUUUUACCCCAGACAGUGUCAAGGAUAACACUACCUUCUACGGGUUCUUGACCAAGUUCCUUCCAGGCGAGAGUUAUGGCCCCUUGAGAAAGAAGAUUGCAGACCAGUAUAACUGUGUGAAGGAUUACGGCGGAGACUACAAUCUCUGCCUACGCCACGUCAUUCGGGACGCAUCCUUCACAUGCAACACAAGAGAUCUCCUCGACGCGUAUCCGAAGCAGGCCUACGCCAUGAACUAUGGCUUUCCCAAUGAUGACCUGGCAUAUCAUGCAACUGAUCUCGUCCCGCUGUUCGCUAAUCUCGAUAUACGGGGACAGAUCUUCGUUAUGUUUUGGAGAGUGUUCAAAUACCCUCUCAAAGAGGCAAACCAUUGGGCACUACAGCUGCGCUCAAUAGUCAUACCAACAUAUCUGCGGUACUUUUCGUCUUUCGCACGUUAUGGAAAUACUGAUGCCUUCAGCGAACGGGUGGAAUCUGGUUGA